AUGGAUAACACAAAAAUAUAUGUAUGCUAUCAUUGCGGUGAACAAUUUACCACCUCGAGAGCUUUUACACGACAUAAUAAAGAAAUACAUGCUGAAGAUAAACCAUACAAAUGCGGAACGUGUGAUAAAACAUUUAAGCGUGAAAGUAUUAUGCGUUAUCAUGAAGGGACUCAUAUAGGGGAAAAACUUUAUCAAUGCAAAUUUUGUGAAAAAUCAUUUUCUGAUAAAAGAAGUUUAAAAUAUCAUAUAGAGGCGAAGCAUAAUAUUGACAAAAAUUACAAGUGUAACGUGUGUAAGAAAAUUUUCAAAACUAAAAAAAAUUUGAAUUAUCAUAUAAAAACAAGACACGCUCAUGAAAGAUCGUAUAAAUGUGACCAAUGUUUAUCUAUAUUUACUCAUCAUAUGGACUUAAAGCAGCACAUGAAAGUACAUACUGAAGGGCGAUAUUUUUGCGAGGAAUGCGACAAAAGAUUUAUUUAUAAAUCUCUGCUAAACAAUCACAGACUUGUACAUAGCAAUAAAAAGCAGCACGCUUGUAAGGUGUGUGGCAAGUCUUACAAGUAUAAAGGGAAUCUUAUUCAUCACAUUCGAACUGAGGAUCACUUCCUGGUCAUUACCUAUAUGACAAGCGAAGAACAAAUUGCAACUAAUAACGAAGGAGAUAAAGAACAAUUAUAA